UUAUUGGACUAACAGUAAAACAACGCCACACUGGUUCAGCGACGUGCAGCGCAACUAUUAAUUUAGUGACGUUUACCUUUUUUUUUCUUUAACCUUCCACCACAUUUUAUGCUUAAUUACUCGUUUGACUGGACUUUCAUUCAGUAAUGGCGUGUCCUUUUAGCCACACAGCGUCAGUGGAGUUGAACCCAGUCCUCCUCCCUCUGGACUGGCUUCUGGGUACCUGGGAGUCAGAUGAGCCUGGUGAAGGCUGUUUUCCGUCCAUAAAACCGUUCAACUACACAGAGACACUGCACUUCAGCCAUGUGGGACAGCCUGUCAUCAACUUUAUGUUUAAUGCCUUCCAUGCAGAGAGCAAGAAGCCAAUGCACAGGGAGUGUGGCUUCAUUCGAAUGCAGCCGGGAACAAACAAAGUGGCGUUCAUCAUCGCACAGAACUCAGGUAUAGUGGAGAUUGAGGAGGGAGAGCUGACGGCACAGCAGCUGAGCCUGCAGAGCCAGGCUGUGGCCAGAAUCUCUUUCGCCCGGGAGCCGCAUGUUCAGCAGAUUUCUAGAGUGUUUCAGCUGCGACCUGAUGGCAAGCUGGAGCAGACAGUUUCCAUGGCGACAGACAACCAGGAGCUGAUGCAGCACUUGCACAUCACCUACCGUCGUUCAUCUUGACCCAACAGGCUCCUCGAACAAAGAUAUACCUCGGUUAGGGAAGAUAAAAGCAGCUAAAAAAAAAAGAGCUUGAUCAAUAAUCACAGCUGAGUCAGAUCAUAUAAACAGAUAUACAGCAACAUAAUAACAUAUUAAAUGUGGUAGAGGGUUUAUGGGUGCCAUAUUGGAGUAUGUGUGUACUAAAAAAUAUAACUGAGUAGUGUUUAGGCAGUACAAUGAGACCAAUCCGCCAAGAGUUAAUGUUACAGUCAAAUUAAAAAGAUUAAAGGGGCCCUGUGGAGUUCUCUUGUAAACAAACAAAAAGUGGUGUUUACAUCCUGUGUUACCAAAACACACAGUGUGUACCCUCGAGGUCUCAGAAAUGUGUCGAGUGUAUUUCCUCACUCGGGACAUUUUGAGCCCUGCGUUAUUUACGUCCAUGUCUACUAGCUAGCAGUUUUCCUCGUCCUUGCCUUUUCUGCCACACUGCUGCAAAACUUGGCUCAUCACCGCCACACGCACUGUCGAAUAGUGUGAGACAUCAGCAGCAAGGUGCACCAGACAAAAUGAAUAAAGGGAACACAGUCAUGGAAAAAUGGCUACAAAGUUCUUCAAGAGGGCAAAAGCUCCACAGGGAACCUUUAAUCUAAAAACAUUAAGACGUCAUAUUGCACUUUUAUUAAGCUGUUGCACUUAGUGGCCUCUGUUAUGCAUGGGUGCUUCCAUUAUCUUAAUAGUUAUUGUCUAUGUAUUUAAUCUUGUAGCUGUAAAGCUUAUAAAUCAGUGAUAAAUUAAUGUUAAGCACUGUCUUCUUCUCUUUACAUGUAAUUGCACAAUCAUAAGAUUGAACACUAUAG